UAGAAGUUAUCAGUCAGCCAGGGACGGGACGGGGUAGUCUCCCACUCGAUUUUUUUUCCAUCCAUCGGCCUGUUCUAUCCCUCCUGUAUGGUGGAUAUUAUAUUCAAUUCUUCUUUCUUGGGUGAUAUGGGGGAUCAUUCCAAAAAGAAGUCUGGAAUUGCAAUGUGUGUGGGCUGUGGGAGUCAGAUCCACGACCAGUACAUCCUGCGGGUCGCCCCAGACCUUGAGUGGCAUGCUGCGUGUCUGAAGUGCGCGGAAUGCAAUCAGUACCUGGAUGAGACGUGCACUUGCUUCGUCCGAGAUGGCAAGACAUACUGCAAAAGAGAUUAUGUAAGAUUAUUUGGGAUUAAAUGUGCAAAAUGUAACAUUGGCUUCUGCAGCAGCGAUCUGGUUAUGAGAGCUCGUGACAACGUGUACCACAUGGAGUGUUUUAGGUGCUCGGUGUGCCGCAGGCAUCUCCUGCCCGGAGAUGAGUUCUCUCUGCAGGACGAAGAGCUUCUGUGUCAGGCUGAUCACAGUUUACUGAUGGAACGGGCCUCAACAGGAAGCCCUCUCAGUCCGGGAAAUAUUCACUCAAGGUCUCUUCAUAUUGCGGAUCCAGUGUCCGUCCGACAGCCUCCUCUUCGGAACCAUGUUCACAAGCAAUCUGAGAAGACCACUCGGGUGCGAACGGUACUGAACGAGAAGCAGCUCCAUACCCUUCGGACCUGUUACAAUGCUAACCCGAGACCAGACGCACUUAUGAAAGAACAGUUGGUAGAGAUGACUGGACUUAGCCCAAGGGUCAUUAGAGUGUGGUUCCAGAACAAACGUUGUAAAGACAAGAAGAGAUCUAUACUCAUGAAGCAACUUCAACAGCAGCACCACAGCGACAAAACCAAUCUUCAGGGGCUGACAGGUACGCCUCUGGUGGCAGGGAGUCCAAUUCGACACGACAACACGGUCCAAGGGAACCCAGUGGAGGUGCAGACUUACCAGCCCCCCUGGAAAGCCCUGAGCGAGUUCGCUUUGCAGAGUGACCUGGACCAGCCCGCCUUCCAGCAGUUGGUGUCUUUUUCUGAAUCGGGCUCCAUGGGUAACUCAUCCGGCAGUGAUGUGACCUCCUUAUCAUCGCAGUUGCCGGACACCCCAAACAGCAUGGUACCGAGUCCAGUGGACACGUGAGACGGCACAACAUUGGCCUCGAACCCCAUGCAUGCGCCCGAGUGUCCAACAUCAGGACUGACCAGCGUACCAGCUUUGAAAGGGAAAGGAUUUCAUGAACAAUAUCGUCGGAUUUGUGGAUACAGCCAUUUGUUCAUGGAUGGACCUGCACUGUUCACGAUCGGAAGAUUUUUUUUCAGCCAGUGAAUUUCUUGCGGCGAGAGACAGUAACAGAAACAGAGGCCGAGGCCGAGCCUCGGAUCCAUAUAGCCUGUGCUUGCACAUAGGACUACGUGAGGAUUAUACAAACAUUCAACGUUAUGAGCCACUGAAAUGUAAAGAACAAAUUAUAACAUGAUACAUAGUGGCAUGGCAAUUUUUUAUAGUUUCAUCUUUCAUGUAGCUGAACGUUUCCUAUGCCGGGUUGGGACUAUAUGGAGCCCCAUGUCUCUUUAGAAGCGCAUGAUUUCAAGGUAUUAUUUAAUAUCAAGUCUUGUCAAAUAUUGUAAUUAAGUGGAUGGGAUACAAAUUGUUUUAGCUUGUCAUGAAAAAAUUGGCUUAACUUAUUGUUAUUUAUUGGAAGGAAAGACAGGCUAUCUUAAUAAACCCAUACUAAUAGUAAUGUCUAAUGAACUAUGUAUGCAAAACCUCAUAGGUGCCGUAAUUUAUAAACAUAUUCACACGAAUUUCAAUAGACUAAACAAAUCACUCCAACUGCGAUUUCAGCACUUCAGUGGAUUAACGUUGGCAUAGCAUAGCCAAAGCCAAUUAAGAAUUAAUUAAAAGUAGCUUGUUAAAUGCAAAAUGUGUAUGUCGAAUACAGACUAUCUCUCGUUGAUUUAAAAAUAAAUCACGUUCAGAAAAUCGGAUAGUUUAAUAAAAUGGAUGUAGGACAAAUGUCUAUGGGCUAGAGGCCUAUAUCCUACUAAAAUGCACAAUAUAGGAAUAAAGUAAAAUAAUCAUGAA